AUGGCGGCAUCAGCACUGAAGACGCCGACGAUGGGAGACAAGGUGGUGAUAUUUCCGCUGGAGGAUCCGGGCCAGAUUUCCGUGGUUGCGGUGUCUAUCGUCUUCAUCAUCGUUCCGACGGUGAUGGUGAUCCUCCGCCUCAUCGCCAGGCGCAUGGCGCACAGAGAGAUGGACUUGAGUGAUUGGUCUAUCAUUGCUGCACUCGUCUUCUCCAAUGCCUUGCAAGCAGUCUCCAUAGUCGGUGUCAUGCAAUGCGGUGUUGGCCUUCACAAUGCUGUCAUCAUACCCAAGUAUGGGGUUGGCCCAAUCAUCAAGUUUCUCAAAGUCCUUGUCGCUCAACAGAUCUUGUGGGCCAUCAGCCUCGGCCUCUGCAAGAUAGCCAUCCUCCUCCUCUACUCCAAGCUCUUCAGCACCAGGUUCAUGAUCUUAUCAGCACGAAUACUGGCCGCCUUCACUAUGAUGUGGGUGGUAGUCACGGUGCUGAUUGCCUUCUUCAUCUGCAUCCCUCUCUCGGACAACUGGCUCCUCGAUCUCAAGAACCGGCACUGCGGGAAUCAACCCGCGGCAGAUGGGACGAUGGGGGUAUUGAACAUGAUUACCGAUCUCAUCGUCCUCGUCAUGCCAGUUUCUCACUUGUGGGGUCUUCGGCUGGAGAUGUACAAGAAGGUCGCUCUGAUCAUCACCUUCUCACUCGGAGUCUUCACCUGCAUCGUCUCAGCUCUGCGCCUCUACUACCUUGCCAACCUCGUGUAUCUCGACGUGACCUUCAACAUCCCCAGCGCUCUCAUCUUCAGCGCGCUGGAGCCCGGCGUUGGCAUCACCCUCGCGUGCAUCCCGUUCCUCCGACCUCUGCUUGGCCGCUCCCAGUACUCGAAAAAGGGUACUGCAAACUACUACAGCUCAAACGGGAAGUCCGACGGUGUCUCGAAUAGGAGGAGCGAACGCCAGAGUGAUGGGUUCGUUCUUGUAGACAACCUGUCGCAGCAGCAUCUUCGGGAGGCCGAGCAGAGUGAUUCAGCACCCGCUAUCCCCGGCAAAGUCACGUAUAGCAUGGGUAGCAGCGUUCGAGAUAUAGAUUAG